CUCAUCCAGCGCCUCAACGCCCUCAUCUGCCGUCGGCUUAGGUGCUGGCGCCGCUUUUUCGAGCGGCACCAGCGCCAGCUCUCUGGUUGGUGCUUUGGCCAGCUCCACGGCUGCCUCAUUGGGUCUGGGCUACUUUAAUGAUAUAGCGCCGUUUGUGGGCGACUAUUCGCCCACAUCGCAUCAGGCGUCUAGCAACAACAACAAUAAUGCCUACUACAACCGAUUCGGAUGCUAUAGCAAUAAUGCGCAUGAUCGCUCCCAGACUAGCCCGCCACCGCAGCAACAGAGUCAGCAGAAUGGCAACAACAAUUCAAUGCUGCCGCCUGCUGUGCAAAACUCGGCCAGUCAGGGCAACAGUAACAGCAACAACAACAACAACAAUAGCGGCAAUAGCAGCAGCAGCAACAACAACAGCGGCGGCGCUAAUGCGGGCAGUAACAACAACAACAACAACAAUAAUAAUAACAACAACAACAGCAACAUCAACUACAUGCAAAUGGCAGCAGCCGCUGCCGCAAUCUACACACAACAUCAGCUUAAAGAGGAGCCGGGCACACAAAAUCCCAACAACAGCAGCAGCAGCAACAACAACAACAACAACAGCAAUGCUGCCGCCUACGCACAAAAUCCUCAAAACGAUCCCACCGAUCUCUCCAGCUACGGCCUGCCCGCACAUUUGGCAGCCGUAGCGGCUGCUGGCCACUACGGUGGUGGUGGUGGUGGCGGUGCUGCUGCUGGCGGUGGUGGCGGUGGUGGUGGCAACUCUGGCCCUGGUGCUGGCGAUGAUAACGACUAUCACAGCACACUAUCGGCGCAGGAGCAUCAGAGUCAGGGCUCGAGUGCUGGCAAUGGCAGCGGCAGUGCCGGCAGCUCUGGCUAUCUGGAUGGCAGUCCCGAUUUCUAUAAUUCCUAUAAUCGUUCACGCUUUUCCGAUCCCUACGGCACCGAUUUCACGCACUACGAUACCACACAGUUUCAGGGCAUGGGCGGUCAGCCCGGCAUGGAUCAAUGGGGCGCACAUCCACACCACAAUCCGGCCGCUUACAUAAGCACCUUGGGUCUGGAUAAAUCCCUACUCGGCGGCUAUACGACCCAGGGUGGUGUGCCAUGCUUCACGGGCUCGGGUCCCAUACAGCUGUGGCAAUUCCUGCUGGAGCUCUUGCUCGAUAAAACGUGUUCGAACUUCAUCUCCUGGACAGGCGACGGCUGGGAGUUCAAGCUCACCGAUCCCGAUGAGGUUGCUCGUCGAUGGGGCAUACGGAAGAACAAGCCCAAAAUGAAUUAUGAGAAGCUGAGUCGUGGUCUCCGAUAUUACUACGAUAAGAACAUUAUACACAAGACAGCGGGCAAGCGCUACGUCUAUCGCUUUGUGUGUGAUCUGCAGAAUCUGGUCGGACACACGCCUGAGGAGUUGGUGGCGAAAUACGAUUUGAAAAUCGAGAAGAAGGACAUCGAUUAGCAGCGAUAUGGAAGCGAUCGAAGCAGCAUUACACCGAGUGUGGAUUCUUUCAUGUGUGCUUAGUUUUGUGCUCUGACAACACAAUUGUUUUAGCUUUUCAUAUUGGCAAAGCUGAAUAUAUACAUAUACUAUAUAUACUAUACAUACAUAUACAUACUAUAUUUUUAGCUUCAGAGUUUGUUUUCCAUGCGUGAUGUUAAAUUUUAAGCAGCAUAACCUGCGAUCUUACGACGAGAUUAAAGUGUUAAGCGCCCAAUAAUGUGUAAUGUGUAAAAAGCAGAGUAGCCUUUUAAAUUAAUUUGAAAUUAAUUUAAAUAUUCGCCCCUAGCCCUAAGUAAUUAGCCAUUACCCCUAACUCUAAUUUUAAGCUUAAGUCGUUAGCAUUGAUACUAUACUAUAUGAAGGAAACCAGUUCAAGAUACAACAGAAACGGAUUGAA